GCUGGCACCAGCCCUGGGCCGCCGGCAUGGCCCUGCGGACAGCCAUGGCUUGCGUUCUGCCUUGCCUGACCCCACCGCAGAGCAGAAACGCGCUGGAGAGCUCCCAGCCGCGCCCUCAGGCCUCUUGACCCAUGAUUUGAUCGCCGCCCCGGCUCACCGGGGAAGGUUGCUGAGCGCCCCCGGCUCGGGGAGGCCGCACCCGCCCCAAGCCGUAGCUCUGGGGGCCGGGCCGGGCGCUCCGCGGUGGCUCUGGGCCUGCGCCGCGAGGCGAUCGGCCGCCAGUGGAAUGGCUUUAGUCCCCUACGAGGAGGGAGCUGGCUGGGGAGCGCGGCAGCUGCACAAUCCUUCGGCCACGUACCGCUUCGCCAGCCACACCAUCCGCAUCAGGCAGGACUGGCGGCAGCUGGGGGUGGCGGCGGUGGUCUGGGAUGCGGCUGUUGUCCUAUGUGCUUACCUGGAGAUAGGAGGCAUUGAGCUCCGGGAUAGGUCUGUGAUUGAGCUGGGAGCUGGGACUGGAUUGCUGGGAAUAGUAGCCACAUUAUUGGGUGCUCAUGUUACCAUCACAGACAGGGCAGCAGCACUGGAGUUCCUGGAGUCAAAUGUACAGGCUAACUUGCCUUCAGAACUACGUCCGAGAGCUGUAGUAAAAGAGCUGACCUGGGGAAAAGACCUACGUAACUUCUCUCCAGGAGCAUUUGACUUCAUCCUGGGUGCAGACAUCGUUUACCUGGAAGAAACUUUUGCAGACCUGCUUCAGACACUGGAGCACCUGUGCUCAGAGCGAACUGUGAUUCUUCUUUCCUGUCGUAUCCGCUAUGAACGGGACCACAAAUUCUUGAAGAUGCUGAGUGGCCGUUUCUCUGUGUAUGAGGUCCACUAUGAUGCCAGUAAGGAUGUUCAUAUCUACAAAGCACAGAGGGGUAGUUGGAAGGAUGAGUUCUGACUCUAUGUGUUGUUAGUAAAGUACUGUUCAAUCUUCUUGUUUCUACUCAAUACACUUGUUCUUAAGCAUGUAACUGCAGUUGUGUUAUCCCACUGGCUUCUUGUUCUGAUGGUCUUGUCUGAUCACUUGGCCUGAUACAGCAAGGACUGUAUUGUUCUGCGUAUUGAACCUCUGCUUCAUUUCUCAGUCAAGUUGUAUAGGGUCUUUCGCUGACAUUUUAUCAAGACUAGUAAUUGCAACUGAUUUAAGUUGCAGAAAUUUCCAGGCAUCACAAGUGUCAUCAAAAGAUCUGUUUAAAAUCAAACUACACUUAAUUUCUGUGGAAAACUGAGACAUAGAUUACAGUGGGGUUUUUUUAUUAACUCUUCAAGAAUAAAAGUAGAUGAAAUGUAAGUUAACAGUUAACUCUAUUAAAUCUCUUUAACUCUUCAGGCCUUCUGCAUCUCAAAAGUUGUAGUAAAAGAGACCACUUAAAGGGUAAAACCAACAAAGGCAGCUGCAAUAAAGUUGUUCUGUUGUCACUGCUGAAUUUAAGAGGCAUAGGGAAACAACCAGAUCUCUAGGGAGGGUUAGGAAUCAAUAUUGCAGGGUAAGCUAACUUAGAAAUCAGUGGUGUUUUUACAUGGCUUGCAAACAUGGAGGCUAUGCCUGCAGUACUGAAGCAGUCAUGGUUCUUCAGUUGUUUCCAACAAGAUAAACUUUCCCUUGCACAGAUCAAGGCUCCUUGGAGCAGAUACAGACAUACAUGUGCCAGUAGGGAAUGUAAAACAUUGUCAAACUGUUC